AGUAUCUACUGUCAUUGAAUUCGUUGAUUCGUAACGUCCUUGUUGAUACGAUUGUCAGGUUUAUAAGCCAGGCUAUACUGUUGUCAGUUGUGUCAACAAAUAGGAUGAAUUCUACAAAAUUGGACAUAGCGUCGCAAUGAACCGAAAGAACAGCACGAACGAGUCGAGUUUCCUGGUCGGAGGAGGGCAGGACGCUUCCUCUUUGUCGGUCCACGCCUUGAAAAUCGCUCUCAUGACUAUGAAGGACAGGUGUCAGAAGCUGCAGAACAGGCUGUCAGCUAUGGAAGAGGAAAACCUCCAGCUGAGGAUCGAAAGGCACAGCAUACCCGGCCUGUACGGCAAGAAGGAGUCCGACCCGAAUCCGGAGCUGUCCCUGCUCAACAGGAAGAUGGAAGAGCUUCUGAAGCAGAAGUCAAAACUGAGCCACCAUGUCUUCAUGGUUGCGACGGAAAACAAAGACCUUUGGGAGAAGAUUUACAAGCUAGCGGAGGAGGAAUACUCCGCUGGGAACAAUCAUGACAUCCAACCGGAUGUGAAGCACAAAUACACAAACCUGAAGCCUUUAAGGUCGCUCCAAAUCGCAGGAAUGUGCAAAGAUGGUAAAGAAGAAAGUUUGGAAGAAAUAUCGCUUAGAGGUUUAAGUGGUUGCGUGGAAAGGACAAGUGGCCAUGAUAACCAAUCAACAAAGUUAACAGAUCAAGUAAAAGUAAAAGGCUGUGAAUUUACAUUGUGCGACAUGACUGAGGAAGAAGAGAUGGAGAGUGAAGACAUCGCUUUAAGCGAACUGAAUGAAAUAUUAGAGAAACUAAAAAUGGAAAAACAAAUUCUCAAACAAAACCAGGAAUAUUUAAAGGACACACUUGAAAAAGUCACUGGAUUUAUUAACGACAAUUUUCCUUGUAAAGAGUGCAGUGAGCGUUCAAAAGAAGACCAUUUAAACAAAGAGUCUCACAAAAUUGACGAAAUAAUUGACAAUUAUGCCGAAGAAGAACAGAACAAGAGCACAGGCGAAGUUCUGAACGUGCGCAACGGAAUUGCUUUGAAGAACAAAGAGAACAACUUUGAAGACCGGAUCUGCCCGUUGUGUACAAAGUUUUACGCCAAAUCUACACCGUUCGAUGAAUUCAACGAUCACGUAUUAAGCCAUUUUGUUGAAGAUUCAGAACAGGAUUCACACAUUAGCCUGUACGAGGUGACUGCCUAAUAUAUAUAUAAAAAAAAUACAAAAUAUAUUUAAUCUAGGUGCGAUUGUAAAUUUUGUAUAUGAAUAACUUGUG